AUGUCCGUACCACCUGCGUCGGGCGGAGAGCCCAACUCGGACGCGUUUCGCUCCAGCUUGUUGAGUGAUCAAUUCUACCGACGGCUUAUGCCCUUCCAACGAGAUGGCAUUGCUUUUGGAAUCAAAGCUCAAGGCCGCGUGCUGCUGGCUGAUGAAAUGGGCCUGGGAAAAACGCUUCAAGCGAUCGGGAUCAUGCUUCAUUUCCACACGGACUUUCCGGCUCUAGUGGUCUUGCCUUCCUCUGUUAAAUUCAGCUGGGCGAACGAAUUGGAGCGAUGGACAAAACUCAACCCCAAGAGGAUCAAAAUGGUGCGGUCUCGUGCGGACGUGGAGGCCUUACGCGACGCGGACGUGGUGCUUGUGACCUACGGCAUGCUCUCUGCGACCGCGCCUGUGGUGGAAGCGUUACAGAGGGCCCGGCCCCAUGUCGUGGUAUUGGACGAGUCGCACUCCAUCAAGAACCAGAACUCGCUGCGAAAUCAGCUGCUGUCGCCGAUCUUAAAACAGGCCAAGCGCGUCAUCCUCCUUUCAGGCACGCCCGCCUUAGCGCGACCUGUGGAGCUUUACCCUCAGCUCUCUGCCAUCGCCCCUUCUCUCUUCGGGACCUACCUAGAGUACGCCCGCCGGUUCUGCAACGCCCACCAGGGACGCUUUGGGUGGGACGUCAGCGGUGCCUCCAACGUGGCAGAAUUGCACGUCAAGCUUCAGAUCGUCAAAGCCUCGCGCCGAUUCUCUGGAGGGGAGGGUUCGUUGUCCUCGGCAGGAUCGUCUGCGCCUGCCCGGGGAUCCCAGCUCCCUGCUUCCAACCCCUUUGCUGGGUUCAGCUUCGCGAAGACCGCAUCCAGCAGCAGCGGCAGCAGCUCUGGCGGUGGCAAUACCAACACCAUGACGUCCCAGGUUGGCCUCGGUGGACCUUCAAGCUCACUGUCGAUGGGAGCCAGGCCUAGUGAGAAUGCUUUUUCCGCAGACGCCCCUUCUUUUCCUUCCUCCCUUGGCCUCCAAAACGGGCAGGGAAGCACCAAGGCCUCUUUGUCCUCCCUGGCCGAUCCCUUCACACCCCUCGCCUCGUCUUCCGCUUCCUCCUCCUCCUGGAAACCACCAUCCAUGCAAGGCCCUCUCUUUUCCUCGUUUCCCCACGCGGAUGCGCCCAACCCAUCCCCAUGGUCCACGGCCGCCCAGCCUUCCUCCGCCUCCUCCGGCCUGCCCGCCCUUGCCCCUCGCUCCUCAGUCCCGGCUGCCGGCGACGGCGGUGGAAUGUUGAAAGGCAGCCUGGGUUCCACUGGGCCUCCCCUUGCCCGCGAGGAGGGCGAUCAUGGGGAGGGUCGUCGCCUGCAAGGAGAGCACGAGCACCGUCCCUUCCAGGCCGGGCAGCUCGAACCGGCGCACCCGAGGCCGCAGUCAGGACUAGGACAGGCAAAGGAUCCAUGCCUAAACGGUGGCGGGAGGCAGCGAAUCCCGCACAGUUACAAGACACGCAUGACCCAGCUGAACCGUGGAUUCGCCGCCUGGGCCUCCCAGCAGAUCCAGGAAAAUCCUUUCUCGGUGUGGGUGGAAGGAGUGCGGGACUAUGUAAAAUUUGCACAGGCCAUUGCUUUCAAGUAUGGGGAGGGGUCUGAGGGCCCCACUUGGGUAGCUCCACACGCAGCGCAAGAGCAGCCGCAGCAAGCGGGGCGGCUGGCUCCCCCUCCCACUUCUUUUCGGUCUGCACCCGUACUGCCAACCUCCUUCGAUGCAACGUCCAACGCCGAAGCGGAAGGAAGGAAAGGGGCAGGAGGGGGCGAAGAGGGGGAAGACGCGGCCCGUGCCCAAUCCUACCCUGUGUUCGGCGCCCUCCCCGUGACGGGGGGG